AUGGCCUCCGUUCUUCGCUGCGGCUCGAAGCUGCGCACUGCGGCUCAUAUGCCUGCAGCUCGCGCUCUUUCCACCACUGCUCGUCGUGCUGCGAAUGAGAAGCCCUUCUUCCCCAACGAGCCUGCUGCUCCUACUGUCUCAACACCCAUUCCCGGUCCCAAGAACAAGGCCGCCGCUGCCGAGCUUGACGAGGUCUUUGACGUGCGAUCUCUGAACAUGCUCGCUGACUACCACAAGUCUAUUGGAAACUACAUCGCUGACCUCGAUGGCAACCAACUUCUCGAUGUCUAUGCUCAGAUUGCCUCUAUCCCCGUCGGCUACAACAACCCCCACCUCCGCCAGGUGUCUCAAUCCGAGGAGAUGAUCACCUCGCUGAUCAACCGUCCUGCCCUGGGCAACUUCCCCUCAUCUGACUGGUCUCACAUCCUCAGGACCGGUAUCCUCCGUGCUGCUCCCAAGGGACUGAACCAGGUCUUCACCGCCAUGGCUGGCUCUGAUGCCAACGAGACUGCCUACAAGGCUGCCUUCAUGUACUACCGUCAACUCCAGCGUGGUGGUCCCGAGGUUGACUUUACCGCCGAGGAGAUCGAGUCCUCCAUGAACAACCAGGGUCCUGGCUCUCCCCAGCUAUCCAUCUUGUCUUUCAAGUCUGCCUUCCACGGCCGUCUCUUUGGAUCUCUCUCCACCACCCGCUCCAAGCCCAUCCACAAGAUGGAUAUCCCUGCCUUUGACUGGCCCCAGGCUACCUUCCCCAUGCUGAAGUAUCCCCUCGAGGAGCACGUGCAGGAGAACGCCGCCGAGGAGAAGCGCUGUCUGGAGGAGGUUGAGCGCCUGAUCAAGGAGUACCACAACCCGGUGGCCGCCGUGAUGGUCGAGCCCAUUCAGUCGGAGGGUGGAGACAACCACGCCUCGCCCGCCUUCUUCCAGGGCCUGCGCGACAUCACCAAGCGCAACAAGGUCCUCUUCAUUGUUGAUGAGGUGCAGACCGGUAAGGCCCAGACUGCUGGCUACUACUUUGGCAACCCAGCUCUCCGCCCCAACAAGCCCUACCGCCAGUUUAACACAUGGAUGGGUGACCCAUCCCGUGCUCUGAUCUUCCGUGGCAUCAUCGAGGAGAUUGAGCGUCACGACCUGGUCGAGAACACCCGCAUCACCGGCGACUAUCUGUACGCCGGCCUGGAGCGUCUUGCCAAGCAGUACCCCGAACACUUCCAGAAUCUCCGUGGUAAGAACCAGGGUACCUUCAUCGCCUGGGAUACUCCCAAGCGGGACCAAUUCCUGGCCAAGGCCAAGACCGUCGGUGUGAACAUUGGUGGCAGCGGUGCGCAGGCCGUCCGUCUGCGCCCCAUGCUGAUCUUCCAGAAGCACCACGCUGAUAUCCUGCUCGAGAGCAUCGAGAAGACCAUCAACCUGCUUUAA